UGUCACCUAUCCUGUAAUUAUUAUUAUUGAAACAGAUUGUCUAAUGGCCAAGCCUAUUUUUCUCGUGUAAUAAUUUUUGGUGAUUGUUAUUUACGUUUGUUAUUGUCCAUAUCGAAAGAUUUUCAUAAUGGUUGUUAAAGUUUAUAUCAGUGGUAUUUCUGGAAACAAAGAGGUGAAGAAACGACAGCAACGGGUCUUGAUGAUCCUUGAUUCGAAAAGCAUAAAAUAUGAUGUCAUUGACAUAACGGAACCAGGAAAGGAGGCAGAUAAAGACUUUAUGCAAAGUAACUCUAAGUCAAACGGUGGGACCGUGAGUGACCCCAACCCUCGGUCGCCGCUGCCGCCGCAGAUCUUCAACGAGGACGAGUAUUGCGGGGAUUAUGAUCAGUUUGACCUUGCAAAUGAAGUUGAUACUUUGGAACAGUUUUUGAAAAUGGAAGCACCACCCGAGGAGCCUCCACAGGCUGAAACUGAACAGGAAAAAGCUGUUAAUGGUGAUGUGGAUGCUGAUAAUGAAAACAAAGAGUCUGAAAUUAGCAAAACUGAGGAGGCUGAAUCUACUGAAACUGGUGAUGACAAAGAGAAAUCACCUGAGAAAGAAGGAAGUCCGGUCAAAGAAGCAUCACCUGUAAAAGAAGUUGCCUCUAAAGAAGGCACACCUGUAGAAGGAGAAGAUGAAGAAGCCAAAGGAGAUUCUAAAGAACCAUCUCCUGAAAAAGACACAAAUGAGGAGAAAGCCAAGUCCCCAGAAAAAGAGAUUGUAGAAGAAGCUAAACAGGCUUCCAAAGAAAGCUCACCUGUAAAGGAGGCUGUCAAUGAAAAUGGCACAGUCAGUUCUCGUGAACACUCUCAAGAAAAGGAAGCAGUGGCUGAGGAACAAACAGAGACUGUAGAACUUAAGAAAGAUAAUCCCUCAGAGGCUCUGAUCCAGAGCGAGCAGAUAGCUGCGGCUGAAUAAUGGACUGAACAUUUACUUGCUUUUCAGCUCAAAUCAAUCCCUACUAGCUCUAAGCAGCACUAUUCAUUAAGUUCUGUUAUUUAUAACACACAUCAUCAUCAUCACUUCUUUGAUAUAGUCAUUGUAUAUAAUGCAAAGAAGUAUUUGUUGAGUAUCAUGUUAUGUGGCGAUGUAAAGUUACGUUUUCUAAUUCAAGUGGCCUAUUAUCGUAAUCAUUAGAGGUAUGUUAUAAUGAAAUUAAUAAAUUUUUCUAUGAAGUUCCAGAGUAAGAAUUCUAUUUAACAAUUUUAUCCUGCAUUAAGGCUUGUAUUAUUUUUAAAGUAUUAAUUUUUAUUUACAAUUUGCUAAUGAAUUGACUCUUUUUUACACAUUUUCUAUGUGAUUGUUAGAAAUACAAAAUAUUGUUCAUUUUAUAAGUGAAAGUAAGUCAUUAGGGGAAUGAUCCUUUUGCUUUUACUUGUUUAGUUCGAUGCAAUAUAAAAAUGCAAUCACUUCGACUAGACUGCCAUGAAAUAUAGUAUUAUUUAUUUAAAUUCAUUAUUUACACUGUAACAGCAUAAAUGAUCAUUCUCUGUGAAAGUGCACAGCUUUUGAUUGUAAUGAAAUCACUUCUUAAAAAUUAUCACCUUAUUAAUUUUAAUUAAAGACAGUUUUUUUUAACAAUUUUUUCAUACGAAUUAUAUAAAAUACAAACAAACAAA